AAAAAGAAGAAUUGGUGGUAUUAAGGUUUAAUUAAAAAAUCAAUAAAGGAUUUACAUUCCUUGUAAAUAUCCAUGAUUAAAUAAGUCAGUACACUACAACACAAACAAAUACCCCUGGAACUUAUAGUAACCUAUAAGCAUGCGUGAUGAAAAAAUGAUCUAAAUAAACAAAAAGUUUUAAAUGAAUACUUUAGCGGAAGAAUUCGAAAGACAUUGGGUUACUUCCUUGAUAGGAUUUUUUUUGUUAUGUUUUGGUGUUUGGAUGUUGACUUGGAAUGAGGGUAGAGCAGUUCAUCAUGCCCAUUCAUUGGACGAAACUUAUAACAAUGCAAUAAUUUUAAAUACGUAUGAAAAACCAUCUGAAGAACAUAAUGGCAAAGUUGUGCAUGCUAGUGGAAAUAUACAAAUUGAUGAACCCCUUACAGAAUUUGGAUAUGGCAUUGCAAUUCAGGCAGUAAAGCUAAAAAGAAGAGUACAGAUGUACCAAUGGGUGGAAGAAAGAACACCAAGAAAUGAUGAAGACAAUAAUAUUGACACUAUGGCCACAAUGACCCAUGAUUAUUAUUAUGUCACUGAAUGGAGAGAUAAAUUGAUAGACAGUAGCAAUUUUUAUAUAAGACAUGGUCAUGUGAAUCCAAAAGAAAUUCCUCUAAAAACUGUUACUUAUAUAUCACCUAUAGUAAAAUUGGGACAUUUAUUGGUGGGUAAUGAAAUCAAAGAUAAAUUUGAUGAUUUUGUUGAAGUUGCAAGUGAUGAACAUCCAGAUAGAAAAGAUGUGAAAUUACACAUGGGAAUUUAUUACCAUUGUGAUGAUGUUUGGAAUCCACAAGUUGGGGACAUUAGGGUACAAUUUUAUUAUGCGGGAGGCUCUGGGGAACCAGUGACAAUAAUAGCUAAACAUAAUAAUGGGGUAUUAGUUCCUUAUGAAACAUCGAAAGGUCAUCGAAUAGCCCUUUUGAGACUAGGAAACUUGAAUUUAAAUCAAAUGUUUUCAGAAGAGCAUUUUGAUGCUAGAUUGGAGACUUGGAAAUUAAGAGGAUUCGGAUUUUUCAUUUUGUAUGCUUCAACUGUCUGCAUGUCAAAGUUGAUAAAAAUAAUGGUUUUUCAAGUUCCUUUAUUCAACUUCUUCAGUGGAGAUUCAUUGUCAUUUGGAAACAUAGUUUUAGCAUUUUCACUUGCCCUUUGUGUUAUUGCUACAGCAUGGAUUAUGUACAGGCCUAUGCUAGGAGCUAGUUUAUUUUUUGCUGCAGUCAGUCCAUUUUUAUAUUAUACAAUGGGUGUGUACAACGAACAUAAUAUACGCAUAAAUUAGUUUAGAUAAUAAAUCAGAGAUUGUUCAUUAGAAACAGUUUUAUAAGUAACUACUUUUUGUAUACUUCGAUUCAACUAAAAAAGGACUAAUUAUUUUUGAGCAAAUUGGAGUAAGGUAAUUAUAGUAAAUUGUUUCUAACUUAAAAUGUGUUGACAUAUUUAUCAUGUAAUGAUUCUUGUGUAAGGUGUCAUGAUAGGCACCUAUGUUUAUGACAUGCGUCAUUUAAUAAUUUUAUAUAUAAAAAAAGUACUGUUAAAAGUGUUGUUUUUCUUGAGUUAAUCAAUCACAUUUUUAAUAAUAAGAUAUUUGAUAAGAAACUUAUGCUAAUAUAUCAAUACCUUUACAGAUUUCUGUUUGCUCCUAAUUACAUUUCUAUAAGAAUGACUGUUCAAACAAGAUUUUAUGCACUGAGAAACUUCUCAGUUCCAUAUAAUAAUGUUGCAAGUUUCAAAUAUUAUCAAUUAUUUUGUAUUCCAGGGGUUUGGAACAGAAGACUUCCAUUAAAAUUUGAAAUUCAUUUGAAAAAUUGAUGUAAAAGCCUGUGUGACAAAAUUUCAUAAAAAAUUAUUAUUCAUACGAAAAUUUUUGUAUAACAUUUCUUUCUGUUACACCAAUAAUUAUUUCUGUCUAGAAAAAGCAGCAAGAGUUAGAUGAAUCUCAAAAUAAAAAUAUGUGAGAAACAAUUUGAAUAACCUUAUGGAACUGCUAAGGAUAAGAAUAUUUUUAAUCUUUGUUAAAAACUAAGUAGUUUCAAAAUUUCACUUUGACUUUCCAUAAAUAGUUUUGAAGUAACUAAUAUUUUAUUUUCUUAUAUUUGUUACUUAUUAUUAUACUAAUAAUAAAUCUAGUUGAAGUCUGGUGUGUAUUUAUUUGAAAUAUUAUUUUAAUGUUACUAAAUUCUAUAAAUUAUUUUAUUUGUUUAUUUUCUACAAUUGACGUGAAUGUAUCAUAUGCAAUAUAAUUUUAAACUUUCUAUAGAAAUGACCCAAUUGUUGGUUUAUACAUAUUACUAGAUGAAACUGACAUAGGCUUCUAUAUGAAAGUGAGAAGUUUUAUAAGUAGAUAAGAAAAUUCUUUUCCAAUGUUUAACAUUAGAACUCCACUCACUAUUUCAAAUUUACUUUUCUAUUGGAAAAAAAAAUUGAUUUGAGUAAACAAUGUAUCUUCUAUGUUUUAGUUUUCCAUUUAAAUGUAACAAUAAGAUUUCCUUAUGAAAUUAGUAUAAAAAAUAUUUUUAAUUAUUCUCUGCCAGAUUAAAAGUUUGGUCCAUUUUUAGUUCAUAUUUGAGAGCAUCUUUCAACAGUUGAUACUACAUUGUUUUUCUUCCUCUUCCUAUGCAUGCUGAAUUCUUUUUUCAUAUUUUGCGAUUUAAAAAUAUGUCACUAGAUCAUUUUUGUAAAUUUCAGGCUGUGCUUUUUCUUUUCCAAUUUUUUUUAUAUUUCGUUUUCAAUAAAAUAUAAAAA